AUGAAGCGCAGUAAGCACCGUGGACACAAGGAGGACAGAAAUGGAGAUGAGCCAGCUAUCCUGGAGACAGAAAAUCUGGAUCGGCAGGGUAUGUUCAUGGGAGGAGGACAGGACCUUGACACCAUCUCAGUGGCCUCAGUCACAGCUGUUACCACCAAUGUAUCGAAUAAGAGAUCCAAACCAGACAUAAAGAUGGAGCCCAGCUCUGGCAGACCAGUAGAUUACCAAGUGAGCGUGACAGUGAUUGAGGCCAGACAGCUGAUUGGACUGAACAUGGAUCCCAUGGUCUGUGUGGAGAUUGGAGAAGAUAAAAAGUACACCUCCAUGAAGGAAUCAACCAACUGCCCGUACUACAAUGAAUACUUUGUCUUCGACUUCCACGUCCCUCCAGAUGUUAUGUUUGACAAAAUUCUGAAGGUUUCUGUCAUCCACUCUAAAAAUCUUCUGCGUAGUGGAACGCUGGUUGGGAUGUUUAAACUGGAUGUUGGCACAAUCUACACACAGCCAGAACAUCAGUUUAACCACAAAUGGGCUCUGUUGUCUGACCCUGACGACAUCACAGCGGGUUGUAAAGGCUACGUGAAGUGUGACGUCGCAGUUGUGGCCAAAGGAGACACGAUAAAGACUCCGCACAAGGCCAAAGAGUCUGAUGAGGAUGACAUAGAGGGAAAUCUCUUAUUACCUGAGGGGGUACCCGCAGAGCGACAGUGGGCUCGCUAUUACCUGAAGAUCUACAGAGCCGAGGGACUCCCAAGAAUGAACACCAGCAUCAUGGCCAAUGUUAAGAAGGCCUUCAUCGGAGAAAAUAAGGACCUGGUCGAUCCUUAUGUUCAAGUACUGUUUGCUGGGCAGAAGGGGAAAACAUCAGUUCAGAAGAGCUGCUACGAGCCCAUCUGGAACGAGCAAAUAGUGUUCACUGAGAUGUUUCCACCGCUGUGCAAGCGCAUAAAGAUCCAGCUCCGCGACUCUGAUAAAGUGAAUGAUGUUGCUAUAGGAACACACUUCCUGGACUUGCGGAAGAUUUCCAAUGACGGGGACAAAGGCUUCCUUCCCACACUGGGGCCUGCCUGGGUCAACAUGUACGGCUCCACUCGGACCUACAGCCUGAUGGACGAAUACCAGGAGUUGAACGAAGGACUCGGAGAGGGGGUGUCCUUCAGAGCCCGUCUGCUCAUCAGCCUGGGUGUGGAGAUCCUGGACCCCUCCUCCCCUGAGGUGGCCAGCUCCACAGAUGCGCAGGUGGAGGGAGUGCCCAACAUCUCAGAGACCGCAACUGGGAAGGUCGAGGAAUUUUUCCUCUUCGGAUCGUUCCUCGAGGCAACAAUGAUCGAUAGAAAGAUUGGAGAUAAGCCCAUCAACUUUGAGGUCACCAUAGGUUACUACGGCAACGAGAUAGAUGGGAUUGUCCAGACAAAAACCAAAGGGAAGAGAGGUGGAGGCGACGGAGAUGAAGAAGAAACUGAACUGAUUCACAACUCCAGCGACGAGGAGGUGGACGAUGACGGAGACCUGACAUCAGUGGCAACUACACCUCCCAUGAAGCCUGUCAUCACUGAUCGAAACUACUUCCACUUGCCGUACUUUGAGAGGAAGCCGUGUAUCUACAUCAAGAGUUGGUGGCAGGAUCAGAGAAGGAGGCUGUACAAUGCCAACAUCAUAGACAACAUUGCAUAUAAACUGGAGGAGGGACUAAACGAUGUGCAGGAAGUCAUUAAGACAGAAAAGUCCUAUCCUGAGCGCAGACUGAGAGGUGUCCUGGAGGAACUCAGCCACGGAUGCAGUCAGUUUCUUGCGCUGGCAAACAAGGACCAGAACCAGUCCGGUAAAACCAAACUUGACAGGGAGAGACUGAAGCUGUGCAUGUCAGAAGUGGAGUCCAUUGGCCAGCAAGCGAAGGCCAUGAGGUCCCAGGUGAAGAAAAGCACAGUGAGAGAUAAAAUCAAGCUGGCUCAGAACUUCCUCACAAAGCUGCGCUUCCUGGCUGAUGAACCUCAGCACAGCGUUCCUGAUGUUUUCAUAUGGAUGAUAAGUAACGGGAAGCGCAUUGCUUAUGCACGCGUGCCCUCCAAGGACAUCCUUUACUCAACUAUAGAGGAGGAAAGGGGGAAGGAGUGCGGCAAAGUCAAGACAAUCUUUCUCAGGAUCCCUGGAAAGAAAGGCUUUGGGCCUGCUGGCUGGACAGUGCAGUCCAAGAUAGAGAUUUAUCUGUGGCUGGGUCUAAACAGGCAGCGCAAAGACUACCUGAGUGGCCUCCCCAAUGGAUUUGAGGAGAACAAGUUGUCCAAAGGACCCGGCAUGCCGUGCUCACCUCCCAUUAGCCUCACCUACAUGAUGAAGCAAAUCUUCCAGCUGAGGGUCCACAUGUACCAAGCUCGCAGCCUGUUUGCUGCUGACAGCACAGGUCUGUCUGAUCCCUUUGCGAGAGUCUUCUUCUCCACGCAAAGUCAGGUCACCGAGGUCUUGCCUGAAACUCUCUGCCCCACGUGGGACCAGCUGCUGGUCUUUGAGAACGUGGAGUUGUUCGGAGAAGCCAAUGAGCUGAGAGACGACCCCCCCAUCAUCGUCAUUGAAAUCUAUGAUCAAGACACAGUGGGCAAAGCGGACUUCAUGGGCAGGACCUUUGCCAAGCCCGUGGUCAAGAUGGCCGACGAGCACUAUGGCCCCCCGCGCUUCCCUCCGCAGCUGGAGUACUACCAGAUCUACCGUGGGAACUGCACCGCUGGAGAAAUGCUGGCAGCUUUUGAACUCCUGCAGGUCAGUGUGUGAAAAGCAGACAUCCUCGAGCUGUGUGCUUAUGUGACUGCUAUAAAUGUCACGUUGCUUUCCUGUCCCGUCUCUUAGCUUGGACCCAAUGGGAAAGCCGACCUGCCUCCGAUAGAAGGCCCUACAGAUAUAGACCGUGGUCCGCUGCUGCCUGUACCACUGGGAAUCAGACCAGUGCUCAGCAAGUACAGGAUUGAGGUUUUGUUCUGGGGCUUGAGAGACCUGAAACGGGUGAAUCUGGCCCAGGUGGAUCGGCCUCGCGUAGACAUUGAAUGCGCCGGGAAGGGGGUUCAGUCGGCCCUCAUCCCCAACUACAAGAAAAACCCCAACUUCAGCACCCUGGUCAAGUGGUUUGAAGUGGAUUUGCCUGAGAAUGAGCUGCUCCACCCGCCACUGAACAUCCGAGUGGUGGACUGCAGGGCCUUUGGCCGCUACACGCUGGUCGGCUCCAACGCCGUCACCAGCCUGAGGAAGUUCAUCUACAGGGCGACGGACAAACAGGCCAACAACUGGUCCUCAAACACAACAGAGGAAAUUAUUGUUGUCGGCAUGGAAUCUGAGCCGGCUUUUAAGAAGAUGGACACUGUGGUCAAACUCGACUCUUGCUCUGAUGCUGUGGUCAAAGUUGAGGACGACGAUAAGGAUGGAAAGGGGAAGAAGAAGAAGAGGAAGAAGGGAGAGGAGGCCGAAGAGGAGGAGCUUGACGAGAGCAUGUUGGACUGGUGGUCCAAAUAUUUUGCCUCCAUUGAGACUUUGAUGGAGGCUCUCAAGGCUCAGGAAGCAGCUCUGUCAGAUUCAGAGGACAAAGACGACGUGGACAUUACAGAUGCUGGAGAUAUCAAACCCGAGGACUCUCCUGUGAAAGGCACUAAGAGGGGAAAAGGAAAGAAGAAGAAGAUGACCUUCGACCCGUUCGAGAAGAAAAAGCCAAAGUUGGACGAGCUGAAGGUUUAUCCAAAGGAGCUGGAAAGUGAAUUUGACAACUUCGAGGACUGGCUCCACAGUUUCAACCUGUUCAGGGGAAAGGGCGGAGAUGAAGAUGACCAGAACGUGACAGACGAGGACAGGAUUGUUGGGAAAUUCAAAGGCUCACUGUGCAUGUACAAAGUGUCGGACGAUCUGUCCAGAGACGUGAACUUCGACCCCAACAUGGGAAUGUUUCAAAACAUUCCUCACAACGACCCCAUUAACGUUCUCGUCCGCAUCUAUGUCAUCAGGGCAACUGAUCUGCACCCGGCUGACAUUAAUGGGAAAGCUGACCCGUACAUCGCGAUUAAACUGGGAAAGACAGAAAUCAAAGACAAGGAGAACUACAUCUCCAAACAGCUGAACCCCUUGUUUGGCAAAUCCUUUGACGUGGAGGCCACAUUCCCGAUGGAUUCCACACUCACGGUGUCGAUUUACGACUGGGACCUGGUUGGAACCGACGAUCUGAUCGGGGAAACCAAACUGGACCUGGAGAACCGUUUCUACAGCAAACACAGAGCCACGUGUGGGAUCACUUCUAACUACGCCAUUCAUGGUUACAAUGUUUGGAGGGACCCAUUGAAACCCACCCACAUCCUGGCUAAGCUGUGCAAGGAGGGGAAACUGGACGGGCCUCACUAUGGCCCCGGAGGAAGAGUGAAGGUGGACAACCGUGUCUUCAUGGCACAGACUGAGAUCGAGGAUGAAAACGGUUUGAAGAAGCAGACGGAUGAACACCUGGCUCUGACCGUGUUGAAGCACUGGGAGGAUAUGCCCCGGGCCGGAUGCAAACUCACUCCUGAGCACGUGGAAACAAGACCCCUGCUCCAUCCUGACAAACCGGGAAUCGAACAGGGACGGAUUGAGAUGUGGGUGGACAUGUUUCCUAAAGACAUGACUGCUCCAGGCCCAGCACUUGACAUUUCACCAAGGAAACCGAAGAAGUUUGAACUGAGGGUGAUCAUCUGGAACACAGAUGAAGUCGUUCUGGAGGACGACGACAUCUUUACUGGAGAGAAAUCCAGUGACAUAUUUGUGCGAGGUUGGCUGAAAGGGCAGCAGGAGGACAAGCAGGACACUGACGUCCACUACCACUCCAUCACCGGGGAGGGCAAUUUCAACUGGCGCUUCGUCUACCCCUUUGACUACCUCAUGGCUGAAGAGAAGAUCGUCAUCUCAAAGAAAGAGUCCAUGUUUGCCUGGGACGAGACCGAGUACAAGAUUCCAGCUCGUCUUAACUUGCAAGUGUGGGACGCCGACCAUUUCUCUGCAGAUGACUUCUUAGGUGCUAUUGAGCUGGACCUGAACCGUUUCCCUCGCGGUGCAAAGACUCCCAAGCAGUGCACUAUAGAGAUGGUGACAAAUGAGGGGGAGAUGCCCUGUGUCUCCAUCUUCAAACAGAAGAGGAUCAAGGGCUGGUGGCCGUUUGUCGCCAGAAAUGAAGAUGACGAGUUUGAGCUGACGGGAAAAGUGGAAGCAGAGCUUCACCUGCUGACUGGAGAGGAAGCAGAAAAAAGCCCAGUGGGUGAAGGACGCAACGAACCGGAGCCACUGGAGAAACCCAACCGUCCAGACAUCGCCCUCCUGUGGUUCCUCAUCCCUUUCAAAGCCGUUAAGAACCUGGUGUGUAACCAGUACCGGUGGCUGACCAUCAAGAUUGUCACUGCUCUGCUGCUGCUCGCCAUCUUGGGUCUGUUCCUGUACAACAUGCCUGGUUACAUGGUGAAGAAGAUGUUGGGGGCUUGAAAGCGCCGCUCAGAUUUUCCCAGUAAUCAAAUCAUUUCACUUGUAUGUUUCCCUCUCGUUCUUAAGAAAGUAUUUAGCAAAAUUUCAAAAGACAUCAAGAUGUAGAUUAGUGCAGCUACAGUUUGCAAUAUUGCAAGUUUAGUAUUGACCUAAAUCCAUCAACAUGCAAAUGUCUCAUUAUUUCCAAGUGUAGUUUUAUCUAGCUUGAAGUAUUAUUAUUAUAAUUAUUAUUAUUGAUGUUCUUGUUGUGGUUGCUGCUGUUGCAAAGCUUUUUUUUGCUGACUAUUAUUUUGAAUUUAAAAGUAGCAUCUGUAUGACUUUUGAAUUUGUGAACGUGACACCAAUAAACAUUUCACAUCA